AUGACAAAUGGAAAUGGUCAUAGUCAUCCUGUACAACAAUCAACAGUAAAAAGUACAUUAGCUAAUCAAACUGAACGUCGAUUAAAUGAUGGUCGUCGUUGUAUUAAACCAUUAUGCAUUCAUGCUCAUACUCCUACACCUACUCCAUCAUCAGUAGCAGCAGUAUCAGAAACUCCACUUCCACCUCCUUCUCUUCCUCCUGCUACAUCGAAUUCUUCAUCAACUCCAACAGUUCGUCAUAUGCCUACGAUUCCAGUCGAGUCUAAACCUACCAAAGGUGUUAUUCGAUCAUCAACUUCAUCAAUUACAUUACCUUCAUCAAUUAGUUCAACUGCAUUAUUUCCUCCUCUUAAAUUACAACAAAAUUUAAUACGUAAAAUCAAUAAUGAAUAUGAAUUACGUACAGAAAAAUUAGAUCAACUUUAUAUAUUAUCAUGUAUUAAUGAAAAAACAAAAUUAGUACAAUGGAAAAAUGUCUUUCAAUCACCAUUACUUGCUAUACAAGCAACAAAAAAUUUUAUUGCCAUUGUUACUUUUCAAGAAACACAACAUUGUUCAGAAUUAUUUGUUUUACAACGACAAAGUGGUUUACGUUUAUAUUCAAAUAUUGUUCUAACACAAACAUUAGCUGGCCUUUAUAUAUCAGAAAAUACGAAUAAUAUACAACGAGCUACUAUUUCACUUAUUUACAUUACUGGAUUAUUAACUGUAUUUGAUAUAACACGUAAUUCAAUGACAUGUCCUAUUAUUGAUGUUAAUAUUGCACAUUUAUUACCACCACAUGCAUCAAUAGUUGAUAUUUUUACAUUAAAUCAUAUUAAUUCAGAUACUGUUUGCUUAAUAACUAGCACAGGUCAUUUAUAUGGAUUUGAUAAUAUGCUCAAACAUUGGACAUGUUUAUUUCAUAAACAUGAUUUUGUUUCUGACUUUGCACUUCCAUCUGAACUAACAUCUUCAGGUCCAUUAGCAACGUUAACUAAAUCAUAUGGUGCUACAAUAAAUGAUGAUGUUUAUCAAAAAACUUUAUAUUCAUCACCAAAUCGUGAAUUACUUGUAUCAGCAUAUCUUGAAACUCAAAUUCAUCGAUCUCGUAUACUUCAUUCAUCACGUGAAUAUUAUUUUUGGUUAACAAGUUUCGUUCGUUUUCUUGCAAGUUCAUCACUUGACGAUAAAUCAUUAAAAUUAAAAUCAAUAUUAGAUCAUUUAGCUGAACAUGUACAUAGUACACCAAUGAAUUCAAAUGUAAAUCUCAUGCCUUUAAAAACCAAAGAUGACUAUCAAAAUUUAUUAAAUGAAUGUUUAAUUAUUCUUCGUAAUCAUGAUGAUGCAUCAACAUUAGUUCAACAUUAUGAAUAA